AUGGCGGAAAGAUUCGAGGCUUCGUUGGCCGACGAGGCCUCCUGGGUUUGCUUUGCAGUGUGUAAACAGCCGGAAAAGAGGACAGAGGGUUCAACAUCGCGUUCAAGCUCGAGGGACGAGUGGAAACGAGGAGAGAAGAAAGAGAACAGGGGUAGGUUCGAUACGAUACGUGGAUCUCACGUGGCUCAAUCGAGAGGGUUAAAUCGUGAAGAGAAACCGGCAUCUGGCAUGUGGAUAUCGCGAAUGUUUGUGAAUAGAAAUUCGACGCUCUCGGUGAACACAUUUACUCUGAGGAAUCCUUAA